GUUUAUUAAUUGAUGUAUUUGCUCUCACGUCCAUAAUAAACUAGUUACAUUGACAAUCUGUCACCAUGGCGGCUCAUAUUAAACAUCAAUCCCAAUCCUCUCUUCUCUCUCAAUCCCAAACUCUUACAAUUCCCUCACCACCACCACCACCACUUCUCCGAUCACCCUUCUCUUUGUUCUCCGGCGAGCCAAACCUUUUCAUCACCAUUUCCUACACUAAAUAACAACUCAAAAAAAGUUAUUUUCUAUAAACAAAAGCCAAUCAUGUACAAACGUAGAUUCAACACUAAGCCAGUGUAUGUUACUGACCAUGAUGAGCCCGAGCCCGAGCCUGAACCCGAGCCCAUAUCGGAAGAUGGUCCUGCUUCUCCUUCUUGUGAAGACGUAAAAAUUGAAGAACCGUCGCCUAAGAAAAGGAGGGAGAUGAAGAAGAGGGUGGUGACUAUACCGAUUGCUGACGUGGAAGGAUCUAAGAACAAAGGAGAGACGUAUCCACCGUCGGAUUCAUGGGCUUGGAGAAAGUAUGGUCAAAAGCCUAUCAAAGGCUCCCCUUAUCCCAGGGGUUAUUACCGAUGUAGCAGUUCAAAAGGGUGUCCCGCUAGGAAACAAGUUGAGCGAAGCCGCGUGGACCCCACAAAGCUUCUCGUAACCUACGCUCACGACCACAACCACUCCCUCCCUCUUCCCAAAUCUCAUUCAUCUUCUUCCACCACCGUAACCGUCACCGUCGAAUCUCCAUCUCCAUCUCCCGGCGACUCUUCCGGCGAAUGUAACACUAAUACUAUUUCUCCCGCCGCUACUCCACAGCCGGAGAAUCUAACCGUUUUCGCCACUGACUUCGACCUCUCCGGUGAUUCAACGGUUCUGCACAGCCAACACCACCACCACGCCGUGUUUGGCUGGUUCGAUGACGUUGCAUCUACAGGUGUUUUUGUGAGUCCGAUCUGCGGAGGAGUGGAGGAUAUAACGCUGACGAUGAGGGAGGAGGAUGAAUCGUUGUUUGCAGAUCUUGGAGAGUUGCCGGAAUGUUCAACGGUUUUCCGGAAGAGGAAUAUUCCGAGCGCGAUUCAGUGUAGUGGCAUCACAGGAUAAAGUUGCUGGACCUUUUUCUUUUUUUCUAUUGUGAUUAUAAAAUUAUAAUUUAUAAUAUUCACGGCCUGGAAAUCGUGCGUAUUAAAAAAAUAUUGAAUUAUUAGAAAGAAAGAAUUAAAUAAGUUUAUUUUACAGAUCGUGGAUAAAUUUUUUUUAAUAACGUUGCUUUGUAGUUGUACAUUGGAAUAAAUUAUUAUUAUUAGCAGGCUA